GGCACGCUGAGAGGCAUACAGAGGAGCUAUUGUUAGCCGAGGACCGGGGAGCGACGGCAGGUUCUAACAGGGCUUAUCCCACUCAACCCCUACCUGUUGAAUAUUUAUACAGUUAAUUUGCAAGCGAGGGCCCAGUCGCUAUCGACGAACAAAGUCAAAGAAGUAACCAGGUGAGGAAAGGAAAAGUGUUGGCGGAAGGAAGGGAGAAAGGCUUUGAGGAAAGGAGGAAGCAAAUAAAGGAGAACACGAACUCAACAGGUUAGCUACUUCAAUGUUAUAGCACAGGGUCUGAUUUUUUUUUAAUCACACCGAGAAAAAAACAAACCAAAAUAAGAAAAAAAUGCCGCUGGGACCGUGGAAGAAGAAAAACAAGUCGACAAAGGAACAUUUGGUGGACAACGAGGAGGUCAGCGGCGGACACACAGGUGCGGGAAGCUUGGGUAAAUCCGCUGUGAACGGAGCGGGGCUCCCGCCGCCACCUGCCAGCCUACGGCCCAAACUGGUUUUCCACACGCAGCUGGCGCACGGAAGUCCCACCGGCAGAAUCGAGGGAUUUAGCAACGUUAAGGAGCUGUACGCGAAGAUAGCAGGGGCGUUUAAUAUAAGUUCACCUGAGAUCCUCUUCUGCACCCUCAACACACACAAGAUAGACAUGGAGAAGCUGCUGGGGGGCCAGAUCGGCCUCGAGGAUUUUAUCUUUGCCCACAUUAAAGGGUUAAAAAAGGAGGUAGAAGUCUAUAAAUCUGAAGAUGCUCUGGGCCUCACCAUCACAGACAAUGGAGCCGGCUACGCUUUCAUUAAGCGUAUCAAAGACAGCAGUGUUGCGGAUAAGGUGAAGGUGAUCUGUGUUGGCGACCACAUAGAAUGUAUCAAUGGGAAAAACAUUGUCGGGACGCGGCACUACGAGGUCGCCCGUAUGCUUAAAGAUCUGCCCAGAGACAAGUCCUUCACCCUCAAGCUGGUUGAGCCCAUGAAGGCCUUCGAAAUGUUUGAGCCCAGGUCAAAGGGCGCCAAACCUGCCAGUGACAACAAGAUUGGCACAGGAAGGGGGACUCUGCGACUCCGCUCCAAAGGUCCAGCUACUGUAGAGGAUGAGCCAACGGAAUUUGAGGAGAAGGCUGUGAAGAAAGUCGAUGACCUUCUGGAGAGCUACAUGGGCAUCAGAGACACUGAACUUGCUGCUACGAUGGUCGAGGUUGGACGCGACAAGAAAAACCCGGAUGAAUUCGCCAUGGCAUUGGACGAGACUCUCGGAGACUUUGCCUUUCCCGACGAGUUCGUCUUUGAUGUCUGGGGGGCCAUUGGAGACGCCAGGGAUGGAAGAUUAUAAAUUUGCAGCUGCCCCCACCCCCCCCAAAAAAAAAAAAAAAAAAAAAAUCUUAAUAGUCAACUGGACAAACUUGGUGGUGGAUGAAGUGCCCUCCCCUCUCUUCGUUCUUAGGUGUAGCUCUGCCCUCUGCCAAGGCGUCUUCAAGCAUUGAUAAGGCAGGUAUAGCGUGUCAGCACUUCUGUGUAAUUGUGUAAAAUUUCCAGUAAAUGCGGAAAACAUUUUCCAAAACUGGACCUGCCUCCAGCAUGCUGACAAGUUGGUGAAUCAUUCCAGAUGUUGCGUAAACAUCGGAGACAGAACAGCUGCAGCUUAAAGCUCACAAUGUCUCGUCCACAGGGGUCUGUCACACUGGCUGUAAAUGGUACAUGCACAACCUUAAAUUUUAAAGUUUGAUCAUGUUUUAUAGUAGCUGUGUGAUUUUUAAAUAUUCAGAUGUAUCGCACAGCUUUUUAUAGGCUUAUUUUUGUAUGUCGAAGUGCUGCUGAUUUUUACAACAGCAGCGUUGUGGAAUUAUCAGUCAUAGUGAUUGUAGCAAUACUCCUCUCUCUCUCCAAAAAUAUUUUAAAUGAAAAAAAAAAAUCGCGCUUACAGCACAUCUUGAGCAAUACAGAGAGGACUUUUUACUCCUAAUGCCUUUAGAUGAUGGCACACAUUCCUUAUAUUUCUUUGUUUUCUGUUAGGUCUGUUCCACCUUUAUUUUUCUGUAAUUUAUUUUAUAAUAUAAAAAUCUAAUGCUGUAAGACAUUUUUAAAGAUGUGACUCAACACAAAGGCCACAUCUGGAUCAACUUCAAUCCACAAUCUUAAGUAAAUGCACUUGUAUUAAUGUAACUGCACCUGCUGUCAAAGUGAAUUUAAAUAGAGAAAGAAACUAUAA